UUGAAGAAGAAAAAGAAGAAAGAAAACACACAAAAUCAGAAAAAAGAAGCUUCAAACUUAACAAAACACUGAAACAACAAUUUCACUUUCUUUCUCUUCACUUUCUCUCUCUUUCUCUGCAUUUUCCGCCAUUUUCUCGAGAAAAUCUCUCACAAGGUUCAGCAUGCUUGCUACAUUUGACGUGCUUUUGAUAUAGUUUUCAUGGUGGAUAUCUCAGUAGACCAAACACGCUUCUAAAGGCUGGUAGUUACUUGGUAUCAUAUAGACAGCAGCAGACUUGAAGAAAAAAAGUUAACUUUUACUAUAUCUGUGUUCCUUAUUGUUUCUACUCUACCAUUUUUUGCUACACAAUUACGACAAGGAGUUGUCCGGAAGACAAUGAUCAAUUUGGUUGUAAUUUGGCAUCCUUAUGAUCAAGUACCAUAAAGACAUAGGGAUAUUGUUUCAUUUGUAGGAUCAUCAAGAUGAAGAAAUUGUACGGAGGAGUUCUGAUUGCCUCAUCUUUUACACUGUUUAUGCUCAUGAUCCUGCGAUAUGGGGUCAUGAAAAAUCCUAUUGGUGAAGGUUAUUUGACUAUACCUGUCUUAAUUAAUGGUACUAAUCCUCUUGAAUGGAUUAAUCCGGUGAUUCCGCCUGCUAUUCAUAAUCCAGUUGCUACUUCUCAAGUUAUUUCUGCGGACAUUUUAGUAUCUAGCCUCUUUGCCAGGAACAACUUUUCCAAACAAGAGCAGCAAACUCUGCAGACAUGGAACCAUUUGAAACACUUAAUUGAUCAUGUUCAGGGUUUACCUAGUGCAACAGAAGCUAUCAAGGAAGCUGCCAGUGCUUGGAAUAGUCUUGUUUCCUCAGUUGAAGAGCAAAAGCAAGGUCAUGGAAAUGAUAGUUCAAAAGCAAAAGAGAAACAGUGUCCCCAUUUUCUUAAUAAGAUGAAUUCUACUGAACUUGGUAAUAGUAGUUACAGACUGCAAGUACCUUGUGGUCUGACACAGGGUUCUUCGAUUACUGUAAUUGGCAUUCCAAAUGGUAUUCUAGGUAAUUUUCGGAUAGAUUUGACUGGUGAACCAAUCCCUGGGGAGCCUGAUCCCCCAGUUAUCUUGCACUACAAUGUUAGGCUUCAUGGUGAUAAAAUCACCGAAGAUCCAGUAAUUGUCCAAAACACCUGGACAGUAGCUCAUGAUUGGGGUGAAGAGGAACGAUGUCCAUCCCCUGAAUCUGCACAGGUUAAGAAAGUUGAUGAGUUAGAGCAGUGCAAUAAGAUUGUUGGGAACAACAUUAGCCAUCUUUACACGGGUGGCAUGCAUUCCCACACUUCAAGACAAAUUUCAGCAACUGAAGAGCAAUCAAUUAAGAGAAAAUACUUCCCUUUUAAGCAAGGAUACCCUUUUGUCGCAACCAUUAGAGUGGGAUCAGAGGGAAUCCAGAUGACAGUUGAUGGAAAACACAUAACUUCAUUUGCUUUUCGUGAAACUUUGGAGCCAUGGCUUGUCAGUGAGAUCAAAAUUUCUGGGGACCUAAAACUAGAAUCUAUUCUUGCAAGUGGUCUGCCUACAUCAGAGGAUUCAGAGCAUGUUGUUGAUCUGGAAUUAUUGAAAGCAAGUCCUCUAUCUGCACAGACCCCAUUGGAUCUUGUCAUUGGUGUUUUCUCUACUGCUAACAAUUUUAAGCGACGGAUGGCUGUUAGAAGAACCUGGAUGCAGUACAAUGCAGUUAGAUCAAGUACAACGGCUGUGCGCUUCUUUGUUGGUUUGCAUAAAAGUCAAAUAGUUAAUGAAGAACUGUGGAAAGAAGCACAAACGUAUGGAGACAUACAGUUGAUGCCGUUUGUUGACUACUACAGCCUCAUCACCUGGAAAUCUUUAGCAAUAUGUAUUUUCGGGACACAGGUUGUUUCAGCAAAGUUUGUCAUGAAGACAGAUGAUGAUGCAUUUGUUCGUGUAGAUAUAGUGCUAGCCUCUUUGAAGAGGAUCAAUGUGUCUCAUGGGUUACUAUAUGGACUCAUCAAUUCAGAUUCCCAGCCUCAUCGAAAUCCUGAUAGCAAAUGGUACAUCAGCCAAGAGGAAUGGAGCGAAGGAACUUAUCCUCCAUGGGCACAUGGUCCCGGUUAUGUGGUUUCACAUGACAUAGCAAGGACAGUUUACAAGAAAUACAAAGAGAAUCAUUUGAAGAUGUUUAAGUUAGAAGACGUUGCGAUGGGAAUCUGGAUCGCAGACAUGAAGAAGGAAGGUCUAGAAGUUCGAUACGAGAAUGAGGGCAGAGUUUAUAAUGAAGGUUGCAAGGAUGGUUAUGUGGUUGCCCAUUAUCAAGGUCCUAGGGAGAUGCUAUGUUUGUGGCACAAACUUCAGGAGUUAAAACGCGCAACAUGCUGUGGUGAUAGGAGGAGGUGACUACUGAGUACUGACUAACCGCGAUACCACUUCUGAUAAAAGAGCUUUCCACAUUUUGAAGCUUGUAUAAUAAUUAGAAUAGUUAGUGCAGCCAGAAAUGAUUAGAAAUAGUUAAUAGCAGGGCAUAUUAGUAGUCAUAGAUCCGUUCAAGUAAAUCUGAUGAUUGUUCUGUGUAGAGAGAGGGAGCGAUUUGUAUAGAGCUGCCAAUCAGAAACGGGUUAUCAAAUUUUGCCACAACUGAUCAAUUUUUUGAUUGGAAACAUUUCAUUCAUUGUAGAAAGAAACCUCAAAUUGUUAACAAUUUUUUUUGCCAAUACUGCCAUAGUCUAGUGGAAAAUUCUUUGG